AUGACUACAAUUUCAUUCGAUGAAAUUAAAGAUCCCCAAGAGCGCGAAAUGCACGAGAAAUAUAUGCAAUUAGCAUUAAAAGCAGCUGAUGAUGCUUUUGAUGCUGGUGAAGUUGCUGUUGGAUGCGUUAUUAUUCAUAAUGGUCAAGUAAUCGCAAGCGGAGGCAAUCAAACAAAUGCAAAAAAUGAUGCUACAAGGCAUGCAGAGUUAGUCACGUUUAAGCAUUUAAAGGAAUCUCGUAGUGAUUAUAAACAAAUUUUAAAAGAAUCAACUUUAUAUGUUACAUGUGAGCCUUGCAUUAUGUGUGCAAGUGCAAUAAAGAUGAUGGGCAUCCCUAGAGUAGUUUAUGGCUGUUUGAACGAUCGUUUUGGUGGUUGUGGAUCUGUUUACAAUAUUCAUACACAUGAAAUUAUGCCAUCGUUACCAAGUUAUGAUGUAAUAUCGGGGGUUCUCGGUGAAGAAGCAAUCGAAGCACUUCGUCGUUUUUAUGGGCGUCCAAAUCCCAAGUUACAAUGA